ACACAGUGUAGGAUACACUCACACACACGAUCAAUUCUUAAACAAACCUAAUCCAGACCCAACAUCUCAUCUGAUUCAUCGAUUGCUUUAUCUCCCCUCCUCCUCCUCCUCCUCCUCCUCCUCCUCCGUUCCUUGCUGAUCGGCGCCGCCGCCGCUGCUGCUCUUGCUAGUCGCCGCCGUUGGCCUUUCCGGCGCUGCUUCUCCGCUCGCUGCCGCCGCUGCUUUUUCCCGAUUUGUGUUUCUCUCUGAGGCGAUUGGUGAUUUCCACCGGCGAAGGGUGAUCGACGAUCUCCAACAAUGAAGGGUGAUAGGCUCGUUCUCUCCAACGUACUCCUCUUUCUUCAUAGUUCUCUGCGACUACUUCCAUCUUAACUCUGUCUCUCAUCAAGGGGAAUUAGGGAGGAGGACAAUCGGAAUUCAAAGAUUGGUGGUGGCGGGGGCGGAGGAGGGGAUGUCAUUGAGAAUAAAGGCAGUGGUGGACAAGUUCGUGCAGGAGCUGAAGGAGGCACUGGAUGCGGACAUACAGGACAGGAUCAUGAAGGAGAGGGAGAUGCAAAGCUACAUCCAAGAGCGCGAACGCGAGGUCGCCGAGCGCGAAGCUGCCUGGAAGGCUGAGCUUUCUCGCCGCGAGGCAGAGAUUGCUCGACAAGAAGCGAGGCUGAAGAUGGAGCGAGAGAACCUUGAGAAAGAGAAGAGUGUGCUAAUGGGAACUGCAUCAAAUCAAGAUAACCAAGAUGGAGCUCUUGAAAUCACCGUUAGUGGAGAAAAAUAUCGAUGCCUCAGGUUUGCAAAGGCAAAGAAAUGAGGCUUCACAUGGAUGGAUUUAGUUAAAAGUGAGCCCCGUGAUCAUGGAUGGUGUUGUUUCUUGGCUCACAGUAGCCACUUCAUGUUUAGGGAUCUUCAUUCUUGUUGGAUGGAUUAAUAUGUAGAUAGAUAUAGGUCCCAUUAUAUUAUGAACAAGUGGUGCAUCUCUGGAGUUAUGAUCUAUUUUAGUGUUAGGAAGAAAGGCUGGUGAUUAAUGAAAACAAAGUAGUUCUGAAUGUUUAA